AAAAAUAGUGAAAAUGAAUGGAUGAGCAUCAUGGACCUUUAAAUGUUAAAUUAAGGAAUUAAUUGGUUGAAUUAAUUGGAUAUUUUACUCAGCGUUUGGAGAUAAGCUCAGGACAUGGUACCAUCUCUCGGACAGACGCGCUCUGGUCCGGCCUGGUUCAUCUGAUUCACCGCAGGAGGAGAAGAUCUGAUCUGAUAUUCCAGGUUCUGUACAGAGAUCCUGAAGCUUCAGAGCUGUGAGAUCUGAGAACACACAUUGCGAAAGCUCCUACAACCAUCAUGUCUGUACAUGUCUGCUCGGAUUAGCUGUGAAGAUAAAGCCAGUUCAUGGCAUGUCGGAGUGAAAGAGGCUGAAUAGAAGAACCAACUAUCUACAGCUGCUUCCAGCACCAUCAGCUCCACCAGCAAACAUGGGAGAGCAGCCCAUCUUCAGCACCAGAGCCCACGUCUUCCAGAUCGACCCCAACACCAAAAAGAACUGGGUACCCACCAGCAAGCAUGCGGUCACCGUGUCCUACUUUUACGACAGCACCCGAAACGUCUACCGAAUCAUUAGCUUGGACGGAUCCAAGGCGAUUAUCAACAGUACCAUCACACCCAACAUGACCUUCACUAAGACCUCACAGAAAUUCGGCCAGUGGGCGGACAGCCGGGCGAACACCGUCUACGGCCUCGGCUUCACCUCCGAGAGCCACCUGAGCAAAUUUGCAGAAAAGUUUGCAGAAUUUAAGGAAGCUGCUCGGUUAGCAAAGGAAAAAUCUCAGGAGAAGAUGGAGCUGACCAGCACGCCGUCACAGGAAUCAGCUACGGGUGACCUGCAGUCACCUCUGACCCCCGAAAGCAUUAACGGGACGGAUGAUGAACGGUCGGCGGCCGACACCUCUCUGAACUCGGAGCCUCGCGUCGAGACCAACGCGGUUCCCUUCCCCCACGGCAGUUCAACCACCGUGAACAAGCACUGGGAGGCCGAACUGGCCGCUCUUAAAGGCAACAACGCCAAGUUAACAGCAGCGCUGCUGGAGUCGACGGCCAACGUUAAACAGUGGAAGCAGCAGCUGGCGGCGUAUCAGGAGGAGGCUGAAAGGCUGCACAAACGAGUGACAGAAUUGGAGUGUGUGAGCGGGCAGACUACAGUCAUCAAAACCCAAAAAACAGAACUGAACCAGACCAUAGAGGAGCUGGAGGUGACACUGAAGGCCAAAGAGGAGGAACUAGAACGACUGAAGGCAGAAGUCGAGAGCGGCAACGAGCUGCAAUCACAGAAAGAUUCACUCACCAAGAAACUGCAGGAGACCGAGACGAGGACGGCGGAGCUGGAGACUCAGCUGGUGGAGCUGGAGCAGCGGGUGGAGAGCAGUAACGCCGAGCACGAGGCCUUCAGGAAGAGCGUCCGCUCGCUUCUUCAGCUCCUCGAUGGCAAGAUCUUCGAAUUGACUGAGCUCAGAGACAACCUGGCCAAACUGAUCGAGGAGGAAAGAAGCUAGUGCCUGCAGGAACACAGCGCCAUCCGGUGGAGAACAUAGACACCACAUUCACUGAGGACACACACACCAGCAUAGUGUACGUGCUUGGUCCCACUUACAGAACCACACUUUCUAUAACAGGUGCCUACAGUCACGAAUCCACACACACACACACUCACACACACACGGUCAUGAAAAAGUUUGGACACCCCCGGUCAAAUUCGAUGAACUAUUGAUCGAGUAUUGAUUUUCUGAAUGAAAAUAAAAUAAGAGGGAACCAUCAUGUUUGCUAUUUAUUAAUACUUGCAUAAUAUACCGGGCUAGUGAUCAAAAGGUUGCUGGUUCAAGCCCCACCACUGCCAAGAUGCCACUGUUUGGCCCCUGAGG